CGGGAGUGUGACGCGACGGAGAGCGAGAGCUAUAAAACAGGCGCGGUGAACGCUUUAACACAGACGUUCCUCUCCAUCAGGACCGAGCUCAGAGCAUCAUGCAUUAAAUUAGAAAGAGAUUAAUAGCGUGUGAGCAUGAGGAGCUGUGUGUUACACUCGCUGUUCCUGCUGCUGCUCUCCUGCAACACCAGCUUCAGCAACUUCACCUUCCAGGACAGUUCAGGACGAGAGAUGAGGCAGUAUAAUGAUGUGGAUGAUGACGGCUUCAUUGGUCUCAUGGGUAAAAGGAGUUCCGGUCUGACUGCGGCGCUGCCACCGAACGGAGACGUGAGCGACGUGUUUGUCGGGCUGUUCGGGCGCAGAAACGCCGACUCGGGCCUCGCUGCGUGGAGACGAGAGAGACGAGGCGGAGUCUUCAGAAAGAACCGAAGACUCAGAUUUCGACGUCCCGUCUGAAGCUUCGUCUCGCCGUCGAUAACGGCGACGUUUAACUCGAGAGCGACGGUUCUGAUCUCUCGGCCUGGCGUUUACGUUUCUGUCCGCUGUUUUUUUUUUUUUCACGUGAAGAUUUAACCUGGUUGUUCUGGAGGAAGUGGAGUUUAUUUUUCACAUCCUCGAAAUGUUUUUUUUUUUUUUUUGCUGAGCAAAUCAUCACUUCCUGUUUUUUUUUUUACAUUGCACAACAUCAUAACUGAAAAAUAGCAGUAUUAUAAGGUCAUAAGGUCAUAAGGUCAUAAGGUCAUAAGGUCACUGCACCAUUUCACCUCUACAGGUCGAGGAAAGAUGCCUUACAAGGUCAGGGGUACAAAAGUAUUGGCACCCCUUAUAAAGAAAUAUAAGCAAAGAAAUAGAACUGUAUAGAAUAAAUGCGACUCAACUUUUCCACUCAAACACUUACAUGAUGGGAUUUCUAUAUAAAAAGCUGUGUUGCAAAAUUAUUGACACCCCUAUUUAAAAAAAAAAAAAAAAAGUAAACCAAUCAUCGUUCUUUUUAUAUUUAAAUUGCUCUCGGUCCAGGACCAUUUCCUGUUGCUUCCUGGUCUGCACAACAAACGCAGUCACGACCAUAAUAAAAAUAAAAUUUCAUAAAUUAUGGAACAGUUUAAAAUUAGCCAGGAAUUGGAUCUAUGAUCUGUUAAGUACCAGGAUAUUUUAACCCAAAAUGGUUGCCUCUGCCAAGAGGUUAAGCCUUGACCAUACACGGCAAAUGAUCUGAAACAUACAUCCGCAUCAUUUGAUGCAAGACAGAAAUCAGUAUUUUUGAAAAUUAGCCAGGAAUUCAGCACAUGACCUGAUAAGUCCCUGGAUAUUUUAACCCAAAACAGGGUUGCCUCUGCCAGGAGGUUAGGACUUGACCAUAGAUAGUUCUUUAAACAAGGUAAUGAUCCCAGGCACACUUAAAUCGAAAUAGAAAAAGUUGUGGAACAGCAAAGAGUCUCCGGGUUUGAUUCCUGUUGAAACACUGUGGACUGAUUUAAAAAUGACGUCCUCUAAGCACAAACCUGAGAAUAUAAAGAAACUUCAAAUGGAUGCUCGAGAAAGUUCCAAGAUCUUCUCCAAUCUUGUUAGACAUCACAAGAAGGGCUGCAAUCAGUCGGGGUGCCAAUAGUUUUGCUAUAAGCGCACCACUGCAUGUUAUUUUAAAUGAAGGGCGCCAAUACUUAUCAAGGAAGAGGCGGAAAAAAGAAGUUAUAAACAAAGUUAAUAUUAAACUACUGGUUUAAUAAGUGACUGAUAAAUGUUGUUUUUUCACCAAAAUAAAACAGUACUUAAAGAG